AUGGUACUUGACGUUUAUACGCACCAAUUCGUCCAUCACAGAAAUUCAAAACGCAACGUUUCACGUCCCCCACGCUUGAUUUCGGCGAACAAUCUGGACCAAAAAGAAGCCGAGCAGUACGUGGUGGUGGAGCAGAGUGGCUCUGACAUGGCCACCUCGGCAGCCCCCAUCGACGGUAUCGCAGCCGCAGCGUUCCGGUCCGUCCUGCAGCGAGUCCAACGAGCCGCUGAGCGGUCCGGGCGCGAAUCCCACCAGGUCCGAGUGGUGGCCGUGAGCAAGACCAAACCGGUCUCUCUCAUCCGCCAAGUCUACGACGCUGGGAAUCGCUGUUUCGGCGAAAACUACGUUCAAGAGCUCAUCGAGAAAGCUCCUCAGCUUCCAGACGAUAUUGAGUGGCAUUUCAUUGGGAAUUUGCAGAGCAAUAAGGUUAAGCCUCUUUUGGCUGGAGUACCAAACCUUGCAAUGGUGGAGAGUGUAGAUGAUGAAAAGAUUGCAAAUAAUCUCGAUCGUGUGGUUGGGAGCAUUGAGAGAAAGCCAUUGAAGGUCUUGGUCCAAGUAAAUACUAGUGGAGAAACAUCAAAAUUUGGUGUUGAGCCCUCUGGGUGUGUGGAACUUGCAAAACAUGUUAGUUUGGGCUGCCCAAACCUUGAGUUCUCUGGCCUAAUGACAAUUGGUAUGCUGGAUUAUUCAUCGACCCCAGAAAACUUUAAGAGAUUAUCAAACUGCAGAGCUGAGGUUUGCAAAGCACUUGGAAUUCCAGAAGAGCAAUGCGAGCUGUCAAUGGGCAUGUCUGCAGACUUUGAGCAAGCUAUUGAAAUGGGCAGCACGAAUGUGAGAAUCGGAUCUACAAUAUUUGGAGCAAGGGAAUAUCCAAAAAAGCAAGUUCAAACUUGAAAAGUUGCAGCAACUAUGGCUCUUAAGCUAUAGAAUUAUGGGCUUAUUCUUAUAACGUUAUGCUGGUUGGAUAUGUUAUUCGACCUUUUUGCUUUGUUACUUGAUUAGAUCAGUUAAACUGGAAUAAAUAUUCCAUAUGGGCGUGGCUGAUAAGAAUUGUUACAUUUACAGUGAUCUUUGAAACUCUGAAAUCUAUGUAUGCUGUCCGGGAAUGCAGCUGUAACACAAAGAAGUGGGUUUAGUUCUUUCA